AUGAGUAGCUACUCGGUGGUUAGCAGACGAAGUAGUGGAUCUCGAUCGUCAGGCCUGCAGAUGGCUCGCCUCCUCGUGGCCUCUAGGGGGUUGGACAACAAAACAGAACAGAACAAUGACCCGCUUUCUGCAUUGUAUUUACGGCUCCUGGGUAUAAUAAAUAGUGCGUUUUAUUUGCUGUCAAUUAUAUUAUAACAUAAGGUUUGUUUCUUGUUUUGGCGCUCUUCAAAGCACUAAAAUAUACCAACCGGUUAGUUUUUACCUCUAAAGGCGUAGCCCUUCAAACAACAUAUGAGACUCGAAAAUAGGACGCUGCUGUAGUUCGUGAAUCAAAUUCAGGCUCAAGGUUCCUCUUUCUCAUCAUCCUUCUCUUCCUUAUAAUCGUCUUCAUCUUCUAACCUUCGUGGAUUUCGAGAAGGCGAGACUUCGAUAUGCAGUUGCGUCUGAGGUCAAGUUGAUAGGGAUAUCACCUGACGUGUUAGUGCUGGAAAACUGGGCUUUUGUGAUGCGUGCCAUCGAGGACCUAGAUGUGCAACGAUGUCUCAACGACUUUAGACGAGGAAGGGAACAACAGGCGGAAGAGAAGAAUCAAGGAGGUGUCGUUGUACUAACGGAUACGGGUGAAAAAGAUGAUCAUGUUGAUGCCUCAAACACGAAGCAUUUGCAACCGUAUGAGGGCACAGACGUGAUGACUUUGCGAGGUGAACUUUUCGUCGACGAAAAUUGCGAUUUCGCGAAGCUUCUCGGAGGCGUCCAAAACGGCUUGUUUGGAAAGAAGAUUAGGGCUUCUUAGCUUGUUGUAGAGUUUCACCCCGCGGAAACACGAUUUACAUGAAGUCUUCUAAUAGUAGCUCAAGUAAGUUGUUCUCGUAUCUAUAAUACAGCCUUGCUGAACUACUUGAUGUAGUCACUUGAAGUUGUUGUAGAGGUUUUUUUUCCUUCUUCACUACCAAUCUCUUGCUCUUCUAACUUCGCAACUCUGAAGGCCUAUCUAUGGACUGUGGUAGCUCUGGUUAAGGCUUUACCGGGUGUAAUCGGCAUGUCCCUGAAAAUGGCGAAGGCUAAAGAUGAAUCGAGGAAAGAGUAUUUUGAUAUAAUUCUUGUAGUACUUCAUCUGCUACUAUUCUUCAUCUUGAGUGUCAUCUACUAGCAUCUACAUGAUCUAGGUUUUCUAGCAAGGGCUUGUUUCUAAGGCUAAGACUAUCAUCAACCAGUCUUCAACAUAGGCCGCGCACACGUAGAAUCAUUUUGUUCCCAUCAACCAAGAACCAAAAUGAAUUAAAUAUGGCACAAGAUGAAUACCACACUUAGGUCUUCUCCAGCCAGUCAGUCAAUAUAUGACCGCUCACAUAUGGUAGGGGCGAACCUGAAGGGUGCAGAGUACAAAAACCUAUGGACCACACAGUCAGCGAGUACGAACAUGUAUGCUGGUGGAACGAUGGCCGUCCGGGGACCUGGUUUUAGGGCGCUGGAGUCUAAAAAUCUCCGAUCUUCAAAUGCACCAUAAUAAUCCUCGUGCAUAGCCACAUCAUAUAGUACAAGGAUACUAGCUCUAGCUAGGCGAUCUUGUUCGUAAACCUGCUGCUUUAUCUUUCUUUCCUCUUUGGCUAGCCUCUACUUCUAAUUCUUGCACAGCAGGUGGCCGUGGCGGAGACCCUGAGAUCGUGUUUCAGCAUCGUGAGUAUUUGCUCGCUGAUGUGACGGAUUGUGUGAAGUUGGCGGAGCAGUUGCACAAAGAGGUGAUUGAGUGGCAUGUCGAGAGCGGAGACUGGAUGGCAUUGUUAAGGUCGUUUUGGUCCUCGCUUUUUACAAAUUAAAAUUAUACCAGAGUAGUUUAUAGCACGCAUGGUGCAUGGAGUGCAUGGAGUAGCAUGGAGUGCAUGGAGCGCAGAGCUUUAAGGGGCGCAAGAAGCUCCCCCUUUAGCUCCAUGCUACUCCAUGUGAUCCAUGCACUCCAUGCCAUGCGAGCCGUGAAACCUUAUAAACUGCUCUGUUAUACAACUCACUUUGAUGCUAUUUACCUACAAGAACUUUGCUAUGAAGAAUCGCAUCGCCCUAAGAUUAGACUACGAAGAUGCGGACGGGAAACGAGAAGUGCGGCUCCUGCCUGCCACCGGAGACGAAAAUGAGUUAAGGGGAAGGAAAAAACGUACAGUUAGAAAAAACUCUCUCGUGAACAAAGCACUUACAAAUGUUCGCCAGUCUUAUGUUGUGGAAUAA